GUAGCCAUUGUUAGGCAGCUUGUCUCAGAGCGAGCUACAAGCCGACGAGUGGACUGUGUGUGGGCCAACUGUAAUGAGUAAAAGCAUCAGACAUCUCAGCUGUUGAUACAGCCGGAGUGCGUGUACGAGAGAGUGAGAGAGCGAGUGAGGGAGAGCGAGAGAGAGAGAGCGAGAGAGGGAGAGAGGGAGUGUGAGAGAAGUGAAAAAAAGGAAGGAAAAGAAGACGAAAAAGAAAGGAUACUACAAGUAUGCUGUGCUGUAUAAGAAGAACAAAGCCGGUGGAGAAGAACGAAGAGGCUGAUCAGGAGAUCAAACAAGAUGGCACCAAACCAGAAGACAAAGCCCACAAGGCUGCCACCAAGAUCCAGGCCAGCUUCCGUGGGCAUAUCAUCCGUAAAAAGAUGAAGGAUGAUGAUAAGGAGGAGGACAGUCCUGCCACACAGGAGGUGUCAGCUGAGGAGGCAGCUGAGGCAUCAGCUGACGAGCCCAAGACUGAGGAGGGUGGUGAAAAGAAGGAUGCCACCUCCCCAACAGCAGAGAAACCUGGUGAAGGCAGUGCCACCAAGCCUGGGGAGGGGAAGGCCAAGAGCCCUGUGGCCGAACCACCUGCUAAUUCUCCAGCAGUCGAUGAGAGCAAGGCUGAAGCUCCUCCCACUUCACCCUCAGAACCGCCCACCAAACAGGAAGUGAAUGAGGAAGUGAAGGAGGCAGAGAAGCCUAAAGAGGCAGAGGGUGCCAGUGAGGCUGAGAAGCCCUUGGAGAACAUGAACGCAGACCAGAAAGAGAAGGAGGUGAAGGCGGAAGCCAAACAAGCCGAUGUGCCUGCUGCUAGCGAGACCGCUGAUCGUGAGGAUGCAGACCAAACACAAGACAAAAAAGAUGCUGCAGAGAUUUGUGAGCCAGCAGACGGGGUUGGUUCAGAAGCAGGCAAGGAAGAGAAUGAGGAUGAGAAUGCUUAAGAAGAUGCAAAAUUGUAAAACGAUAACAACUAAUUAAAAGGUUUCUCUUUGCCCUCUGAUUGUAAAGACAGUCAGUUUUAAUUUGUUUGUCCAAUAUUUUUUUUGUGUGUGGCAAUGACUUUCUUACAUCCUGGGGGGAGUUUCCAUAUGCAACUUGCGGCUCAAGCUAGCAGUGAAGUGAUCUGGUGCUGACUGCUUCAGUGUGCAAGAAACAGACAAGAAAUCAACCCAGUACUUUCAUGAACUCCACCAAAGGACAGAUCAUACAUUUUCUUACUCUAUCUGACUUGUUGAACUUGGUUUGCAUUUAUAGUUAUUCACUUGCAGAACCCUUUUCCAUUCACCAUAGUAGUAGUGCACUGCUGUUUAACAGGGAGAAGUAUUAUUCCCUUUCAGUGUUCUAUGUUGAUGCAUUGUUUUGGCCAGCAUUUCAUAGAUAGCUUGAACCCAUUUGACUCAUUUGCAUGGGAAUUCCUCCGGAGAGGAAAACCUUCUCGCAGUCACAAUAGCCAAAAUGUGUGGCUUCUUUUCGAUGUCCUUGGUGUUGUUAUGACAGUUUGAUAUCAAUUGGAUAUAUUCCUGCGCUGAUGUUCAAAAUGAAAAGAAAAUCAAACAAAUUUUUAAAAAAACAGCAAUUUCCUAUGUUUACGUGAGUGCAAUGUCAAGUAUGAAUCUAAAAGGAGUUAACUUGUGAAAAAAAACUUUCAGUGUCUGUUUUCAAAAUAAAGAAAUGUGCCAAUUAUCAUUA